CAACAGCCCCGAUCAAUAUCAACUGCAACUGCUAGGACGGCGACGUCGGCGCGGACGGGUAGUGGAGCUGGCGGCAAUGCCAUCGGUUCACUCGGCUGCACCAGCGCACCCAGCGAAAACCUUACAUCGCUAUCCGCAAGCACCACUGGUACACUACCCGCCGGACUCUACUAUGGUGGCGGCAACUCGAAUGCCGGAUUUACCGGAUCUGCCAGCUACAUACCACCGCCGCCUUCGUUUCCCUGGUCUACCGGCAUUGGAGCCAGUAGCAGUGGAACCGUUGGCCAUUUUGCCGGCGGACUGGCAUCGAGAGCGCGACACCACCAGCUAAGUCGCCCGCCACCGCUGGCACCGUCCGCGUCAACACCAUCUUCCAUAUCGAGUACGGCAGCGCACGGUGGAACGGGUGGGUACAACCAUCAUAUACAGACACGCUUUGGCUCAUCCGCUAGCGGAAAUAGUGCGACCGGGGCGGCGGCACUCCUACCCCCCACGUCUUCGUCCUCGUUGAACCGUUGCAGUUCCAUUGAUCAGUAUCAUCAUUCAGCGAUAGCAGCAAUCGGUAGCAGUAGUAGCAGCGGCAGUAACACCAUCGGUAGCCUCAAUAACAUGCUGUCCGGUGGCAUUGUUGCCGGUAUGGCUAACGUGAAGAAGGAGGAUCUGCUGAAACAACGUCUUGCUAAACUGCAAUCGAUUACUCCUACGACUAAUGGAAGUCCUUAAGGUGAAG